AUGUCGGUGGAUCCCAUGGCCUACGAGGCGCAGAUCUUCGGCUUCACCCCCCAGACGUGCCUGUUGCGCGUCUACCUCGCGUUCCAGGACUACCUCUUCGAAAUGAUGCAGGUGGUGGAGGGAGUGAUCCUGAAGAAAUUGAAUGGGAUCCCAGGCUGCAAUAUCAGCCCCUCGCAGAUCCGGAAAUGCACGGAGAAAUUCCUGGUCUUCAUGAAGGAGCAUUUCGAUAAGCUCUUCAGCAAAAUGGAAGAAAUGCUCCUGCAGCUGGUGCUGAACAUCCCGAAGAACGUGCUGCUGCCCGAGGACAAGGUCCACGCGCAGUAUCCCUACAGCGAGGAGCAGUUCCAGGCGCUGCAGGAUGAGAUCCAGCAGCUGCAGCAGCAGUGCAGGGCGGAGGUGGCCGCGGGGCAGGCGCUGCGAGCAGAGCUGGAGGAGCAGAAAGCUGUCAAGGCCGAGCUGGAGAAGAUUGUGCAGUGGUUUGAUAGCCUUGAGAACAUCUGCAGGGAGCAUGGCACCGGCAACUUCAAGGAGAGCCUUUCCUUCCUCAUACAGAACUCUAAGAAACUGCAGGAUGUGCUGAAAGAUAUUAAGAAGAAGAGCGAAAAGAUGCAGCAGUAG